UAUGGGAAUAGCAGACAUCUAUGUUUUCUCCUGUAUUGAAAUACUAUAUUUCUGCUUAUUAUCAAACAAAAAACUUACAAAGCAAACUUAUCCCAACUUUUUGUAACUUUGUUAUCCCAACUAAGUGACAGGCGCUUGCAUCAACGGAGAGUGACAGGCUAACAACAAUAUCGCAAUGCUACAUCUCGCCAUGGCUUGAUUGCAUUAUUGUGUCAUUCUUGCAUUAUUGCAAUUAGAUAUUCAGUGAUUCCUGACUUAAUCUAAUCAUCAGCCAUCUUUGGAGAGAGAGGACAGCGACAACAUCAUAACGCCGACCAAGAAAUCUCAUUACAGCAUCAUCCAAUUGGGUUUAUCAUGUCUCGGUUUCCCUUCCCUGACUUUAGCUUCAGCUUCCUAAGGUAAGGGUCGCUGGGAUGUGCCACCAAACAUUAGGUGCAUCACAUUGUGCUGAUUGGUGAAGAUUAGAUUGUUCUCUGUAGGGAAUUGUGUUUGUGAUGAGCAGUGGUCCUGCACUGUAGGUAAUUUUGGAGACUGCGUGAUGGGGGAUGCAAAGCUGUGGCAGGCUGUCGCUCUUGCCUUUCUUUGCGAGCAGCCGGUGUUCACCACCAAGGCACACGUCUUCAAGAUCGACCCAGAGACGCGGAAACAAUGGCUACCUGUGAGCAAGCAGGCGGUGGGGGUCUCCUUCUUCUUCGACAAUACACGACGGACGCACAGGAUCAUCAGUGUAGAUGGGUCAAAGGCCAUUAUCAACAGCACCAUCACCCCCAACAUGACAUACACCAAAACGUCACAGAAGUUUGUACAGUGGGCAGACAUCAGGGCCAACACAGUCUAUGGUCUGGGAUUUUCUGAGGAGUCCGAGCUGGCUAAGUUUCUAGCCAAGUUCCAGGAAGCCAAAGAGUCAGCCAAGCAAGAGGUUGAUCGCAUCCGUGCCAGGAAUAGCCCAGGCACGCCUAGAUCAUCCCGACAGAGCCUGCAGCAGAAGGGAGAGAAGGCUAACGGUAUCUCACCACCAGUGCAGCAUGGUAGCACUGUGCCCAAGGCUCCAGGGACACCUCAAGAGACACGCAAGGCAAAGGAAAAGCAGCAGAGUGACAUCACAUCUGUUCAGUCAGACGAAAUCACUACAGAGCCUUCCAAACCUAAGGAAUCCAAUCAGGAAGAAGAGUUCAUUGAGAAGUUCCAGGAUGCUAAGCAGUCUGCACGACAGGAGGUGGAGAGAAUCCGCGCCCAGUCGGGAGGCAGUACACCACAGACACCUCACACACCACAGAAAAUACCAACUGUCAACGGUACAGCUACCUCACAGGGCUCAGGUACAUUUCCCCGUGACCAUCGGAGUUCCCAGUCCCUCAACCUGCCUCCAGAGAACCCAGAGUCCUUCCAGGAUAGAUCAGAUGCGAAGAGCGACAAUGGGCCGCUGACUGCCGACUCCCAGCUGAAGUAUGAGAAUGAUAGACUCAAGAUAGCCCUGGCACAGAGCUCUGCCAAUGCAAAGAAAUGGGAGGUAGAACUGCAGACCCUGAAGAACAACAAUACCCGCCUGACCACGGCCCUGCAGGAAAGCACCGCUAAUGUCGAGGAGUGGAAGAAACAGCUGGCUGCGUACAAGGAAGAGAAUGAGAGUAUGAAGAAAAAGGUUCUAAAGAUGGAGGGAGCAGGUGUUCAGGAUCAGAUGGAUGCAGUUCUGAUAGAAAAGACUCAACUUGCUGAGGAGGUGGAGAGACUCAAGACUGCUGGUCAGGAGAAAGACAGGGAAUUGGAAAGAUUGCAAGAAGAAGUUGAAGCCCUGAAAAUGAGAGAUGCCAAGAACCAAGGAAUCCAGCAAAGACUUCUGACUUGUGAGCAGGACAAGCGUGACCUACAGCAGAGAGUGUCCACUCUGGAGGGCCAGCUGGACACGGUCCUGUGCGACCACAGGCGAGACGCGCAGCGCGUACGCGACCUGGAGCAGCAGAUCGGAGACAAGCUCCACGAGCUGACCGUCCUCCACCAGCAGCUGGUCACCGUCACCGCCAGCAACAACAGCGAGGAGACGGAGUUUGAUGCCUGAGGGAUUCCUCUGUUGCCUAGCAACAGACAACAUUGAGAAACAUGGGAUAACAGCUUACUUGUAAACAUUCAUUCAAUAUAUUGGCAAAUCAGUUGUUGUAUCCCACAGCUUGCACCAUUAGUUCUUGCCAUUUGUGAAGGAAAGAGGACAAAGUUGGAGCAUAUAACUGCACAAUAGGGCUAUUGCAGAUAUACAAGAAGAUAACUAAAUGUGUUUGAGUGUAGAGGUAGGGUGUGGAUAAAGAAUAUUGCAUUAAUCAGACUUAAGCAUGGAAAUCUCAUUAACCAAUUUCUGGACUAAAAUUUGUGCAAAUUCAGGCAGGAAAACAUGCACCAUAGAAAAAGUGAACAUCAUUACAUGGUGCCCCUAUAGUCACCAAGACAGUCAUUUGUUGACACCACCUAUUCCUCCCAUUAUACUUGGAUGACAUGGAUGUCAUGGAUGACAGAUGAGAAAAUAUAUACUUAAAGCAAAGAUGUAAGUUUUUUCCAGUAUUUCAGCUAUAAGUAUGCCAUAUAAAAGGUUCUGAAACAGUUGUGAAAAGUUGAAGACAUCAAACUUUUGAAAAACUAUUUGUACAAAUCACAUGAUAUACCUAGUGCAAAAUUACAUGGAUAUAGUCUGGAAAUUAAUUCUUCUACUAGUUGAAAAGAAUAUAUAGUACGUGUAGUAAGUGUUAGAUUACUAACAAAUCACAAGUGAACACCCACCUAAGCUGUAUACUAUAGGUGUUGCUACAACAGCUGAAAUAACCAUAUUUUUAAAACUUUUGUUUGGUAACAUCUUGCUUUUAUGUUUUAACAAGUUGCAGAGUGAAAUUGUUCUCUAUGUGCAGUGUUAUUAAUGUCAGUUAUGUGAAUAGUAUAACACUUUAUGAUGUUUAAAUGACUUUAUAUAUUUAUAUACAAUCUUAAGUGGAAGUGGUAAGUGUACGAGAUCUGUGGAAGCUUUUAAAAAGUGUUUUCCAUUUUUUGUUGUUGUUUUGUUGUUUUCAUGAGGGAUCUCAUGUGACUAACAAAUUACUCAUAUUGAUCUGUAUCAAAGCCUGUGCACAAUAUAAGUGAUCCUGAUAUUGCCAGAUAUGUUAUGGGCCUUGAGAAUGUAUUUUUGGAUGGUACCCAUCAGCACUAUCAUGUAAUUUGAGUUGAAAAUGAUAGACUAGACUUCAGGCAUAAGAUUCAACAGACUGUAUUUGUAUCUUAUACCCAUUUUUACACUCCUCCUACCUAUUCUGGCUUGACCCAAUGAGGAUAUACUAGUACAGUUUGUAGACUGAACCCAUAGCAAUGGCCAACUCUGUCAACAUGUAGAAAUGCAAGAUAAAAGUUCAAACAUAGAGAUGCCAACAUUUGAAGGACAUGCAGCUGCUCUCUUUCAUUAAUUCUACCACUAAUUGCCAUUCUCUUAUUGGUUGACCUGGUAAUUAUAAUGGAAGUCAGAUUGGUGCAUCAUUUGUCCUAUAAGUAAUUCAGUGGACAGCAAAAAUUGCCACGGUUGAGGUAUUCAAACAUGUCCAAACAUGCUAGAUAUAUGUUACAGGCAGUGAAUGCAGUGAAUUUACAUUGUUGGAAUACAUUUAAAUGUUUCCAAACAUGAUGCAUGUGACCCAAUGAUGCUGCUGAUGUAAUUGGAAGUUGAUCUAUUGAUAUUGAGCUGCCAACAAAAUUGAUGCAUUUGCAAAUCUGAGUCUUAACAUUACUGUCAUUAGAAUAUUCCCCCUUGUAGUAAGACAUGCAUACUAUUAUUGCUUUCUGGAUGGAAUCCCCUACUUCUGAUUCCCUUAUAGUACUACAUAUAAAAAUACUCUGCAUCAAAAAGCAUCAACAUCAUGGUUGUGAAAUUCCCCAUGUGCAGAGACGCCAGUAGUCUAAUUGUGCCUUGUGGGAACUGUGAAGGAACUACUACAUAAUAAACUUCCCUAGUAGUAUAUCAAAUAAUAUAUGUACAUGUAAUAAGUCAUUAAGUAAGCAGUUCCAAGUGCACAUGUGCAUGCAUGAGCCAUUGUGGUAUAUGGUCAAAGUAUAAGGUUUGUAAACAGUUCCUUGUCUAGACGUGUUUUCCACCUCAAGCUAACAUUUGAGCGGUCUUAACUUCUGACCUCACCCACAAUCUCAUGUGAGAUGGCUUAUAAAAUGAUGCUAUCAGUAAAACUGCAGCUUUCAGGACUUCCAUCAAAAGAUGCCAAACUCAGUUAUUGCCAAAAGAAGAGGCUGUUGGGCUUCCUGAAUAUUGUUUAAGAAUUGCAUUCUUCUAAUUUUAAGUGCCAGUGACAAGCAGUCAAACCUUUUUGAUGGGAUGGUGUUAUUAUUAUGUUGUCAAGUGGGAAGUUUAUGUUUCUAAUCAAAAUAUGCUUUAGAACAGCGAAGCUGAAGUUGGCAGAUAUUCCAAUUCUGUUAAUAUUAGCAGAUAUUCUGUUAAUUAUUCUGAUAAUUUAUAGUGUCAAAUGGAAUUUUUGGCCAUAUUGUCUUUUGCAGUGCAUGCUGCUUAACAAGGUGGAAACUUUAUUUUAUCCAGGGAGAUAUUUUGUUUUUAAAUUAACAUUGAUAAGAGUUUGUUUUAAUGAUGUUAACAUUGAAGUUUAUGGUUCUUGUAUUCAUUAAGUUUUGUCUAAUUUUGUGUUUGCCCACUGAUGGUCAUCAUAAAAUAUUAGCUGAAAAUUAAUAUACUGAGAAAUAAUGCGAUACUGUAACAACAUAUAACAUAGUGGGAAUGUCAUCAUGUAUGUUACUGACAAAAGGAACAUUGAACGGUUUGGGAUGUUUAAAGUUUAUGCAGUGAAUAUAACAAGAUAUGGUAACAAAUUGCUUAAAAGACUGCAGCUUUUCUUACCUUUAUACAUCCUCUGAUACAUUUUUGUGUGAUUAUUUUCAAAUGUCGAAAGCUAGAACCGUUGUUUUCGUAUGGGAUUUGGAGUUAACAAGUGAGAACACCUCUAAGAACGUCGCUUGUUCUGUAGAAAACUACUAUUUUAUUAUACAAAAGAUGUUGAGCAAGAUCUGUGUUACCUACCCACCAUUGUUAUAUUGUGUUGAUUACUGUUUUCAGCAGGCCUAGAUCUGAAAUGGUUCCAUGUGCGUGGAACCCAACAGCUGUAAAAUACUUGUAUAGCACAUCAGGAAGUAUGUGUGAAGAAAAAGCCAUAUUGGGACAUGAUGCACAGCUUCUUUUAUGGAAAAUAUAGAUUUACACUCACUUUCCAUAUGGUAGUAAAAAGGGCUGAUAUAUCAUAUCUGAAACAAGGAAAGGAAAAGCCACCUCAACUUCUACAUGCAGUCAGAAACAGGGUAAAAGAUCAUAUGCUAUCAUGUUACUAAACUUUAGUCCAAACAAAUAUAUAAAUGUAUAACUG